UCCUUGAUUAGUUUCCAUCCAUUGUUUCUUGUCUUGCCUUCUGGGGCUUUGGAAAAAUAAGUGGACCUGCUCCUUUUUGUGGCAGCCUUAAUCCUGGAGAGGCUGCCACAAAGAGGACGCCACAAAAGCUUCUGCUAGAGAUAGGAGCACGCAUAGGUUCAUAUCCUUCCGGUUAUCACUCGCCACACUUAAGUGGGGCAGAGUGAAACCACAGCCUAAUCCCUAGGAUGCUAAUUGAAAUGUACUAUGCACACAACAAUGGGAAGUCACAGCUAUGAGUUCUUUAGCUGGUGGUGUUGGUCUUCCUAUGCAAGAACCUAAGAUGUCAUGAUAUAUCAGCAUAGUAUAUGUCUAUAGGUACGGUAUAUAUAUAUUAUAUGCAUAUGUAGUAGUAUAUGUAUAAAAUGUAUGUAUGUACAAAAAUAAAUACAUGCAAUAGUGGCGAAUAUGUAUAUGUAUACAUAGAAUGUGCAAGUUUAUAGUGUAAUAUAUAAUAAUACGUAAUUGUUAUUCCUCUGCCUGAGUUGUCAAGACACACCCGGAAGUGUUGAUGUUUUUUCCCAUGGGAAGGACUAUCCUUGUCUGUCAUCUUCUUGCACAACCGCAUAGCAAGAUGGGAAUCAGAGUACUUCCACAUUCAGAUUAGGGAUCUGUUAUUUGGGGUUGUAUGCCCAGGUUGCCGUAGGCUUCCGCUGAAACGGCAGGGAUCCCAUGUGGCCAUCUAGACCACCCCGACGGAACGGAUCUACCUUCUUGUAUCGUCUGAGGUUGGAUUAGCUCCCGAGGAGUUCCUUGGGGGAAGACCAGCGGGUUCCCCUCCUUUUUUUCCUAGCCACUCGCUCGCAAGCGGCACCGGGUGCAGGCGCCGAAUUGCGCGUCAGCUUCCGCCUAGGGUUGCGUGACAUCCUGAAGCCGCAAAGCAGCCGACCGAGUUGGAGCUUCAAGCAGCCAGCGGAGUUCUUCCCGGCCGCUUCCGAUGGCUCCGUUCGCUUGCCCGAGUUGCUACAGUUCGCGGAGUUCGCCACUGACACCCGGGUCUCACAGCCACAGCCUCUUUCCAAGCAGAGCCCCCUAAAAGCCGCAAAGGCCCGGGGCGCCAGUCGCUCUGCUGCUUGUCCCCCAACUGGGGGCUGCGCUCCUUCCCAAGUCCUCCUGGGAACCCUGUGUUUUUGAGCUGGCCUUUCCCACCCAAACUCUGCCUAAAACCAAAGUCCUGCACUGAUCAGCUGUACGUAUUGAUUCUGAAGGAGCUGGACUGCAGGGAGACCAGCAAGGCCUCACCUUGAGAGAUGGCUGGAGCCCCCACUCAGCAGGAUCCAGUGACGUUUGAGGAGGUGGCGAUCUACUUUUCCGCAAAAGAGUGGGAAACGCUGUCCGACUGGCAGAGGAACCUCUACCGGGACGUCAUGAAGGACAACUAUGAAGCCCUGGUGUCUCUAGGUCUCGCCGCGCAACCCCCCAGCGUCCUCCUGCAGAUCGGAGCCUGGGAGAAGCCCUGUGCGGGGAGAGCACAGUUCCCAAAGUCCAGAGAGGAUUCAAAGGACAAUUUGGGGGGUGGCCAACUGACCAUUAAAGAGGAGCCAGCCCUUGAUGGAGAUGACACGGGUCUGCUGUGCUGUCCACCGGCCCGGAAGGGGAGCCAGCACCAUGGGUCCCUCUGUGAGCAGCCCGGGUGGAUGGGAGGCUCCCUCGAGUCUGAUUCUGCAGUAAACGGAUCAGCUGGUCUGUCUCCCGGGGACGUGGGGCUCAAGCGGGAGAACUGCAGCCUGGCAGGUGAGCAAGCUCUGCCGGUGGAAUUUCAGGCUGCACCUCGAGGGGCUGGGGAAAGCAGUUUCCGGCCCCUGAGCAUCACUCAGCCAGGCACCCAUGAGGAGAUGCUGCUGAUCUGCACCCAGUGCCAGAAAUGUUUUCCCAUCCAUUCUGCUCUCCGCAUCCCAAUAGUGGUGUCCCGUGGAGCAUUGGGGCAGGUGUGCCCUGAAUGUGAGCACAGCCAUGUUAAGAACCCGCCAACCCCUGCUGAACCCCCAAGCCGAGCUAGGGUGUUGCCCCCCUGCUCCUGUGCACACUGCUCCACGCUGAGCAUCCGCCCGAGGGGGGUCCUCAAGGAGGAGAGGCCUUACAAGUGCGGGAAGUGUGAGAAGACCUUCCGAUACGCCCACGAGUACAGCUGGCACCAGAAGGUGCACGCUGGAGAGAAGACCUACAGGUGCAAUGACUGCGCCAAAGUCUUCCGGCACCAGCAGGAGCUGAUGUGGCACCAGCGCACCCACACGGCUGAGUGGCCCCACAAAUGUGGCACCUGUGGGAAGAACUUCCGCUUCAAGCAAGAGCUGGCGUGGCACCUGAAGACCCACUCCGUGGAGCGCCCAUAUAAAUGCCCCGAGUGCGAAAAGAGCUUCCGGUACAAGCAGGAAUUCAUGUGGCACCAGCGGGCCCACGUGGGUGACCGGCCGUACAAGUGUCCGGAGUGCGAGAAGAGCUUCCGCUUCAAGCAGGAGUUCACCUGGCACCAGAGGAGCCAUGCCGGAGAGAAGACCUACCGGUGUCCUGGCUGUGAGAAGAGCUUCCGCUACAAGCAGGAGUUUGUCUGGCACCAACGGAUCCACACCGGGGAGCAGCCGUACCCCUGCGCCUCCUGCAGCUCCACCUUCACCUGCCGGCAGGAGUACAUGCGCCACCAGCGGCUGCACGACGGGGAGAAGCCCUACCAGUGUCCCCACUGUGAAAAGACUUUCCGCCGGGGCUCCACCCUCAUCCGGCACCGGCGCAUCCACAUGGGCGAAGGGCCCUUUAAAUGCCCCCAUUGCCAGCGGGCCUUUGGCCAGAGCACCAACCUCCUCAAGCACCAGCGGACGCACGGCCUGAAGAGCGAGCCGCUGCGGACUGCCUCAGACUGGCAGCCCUGCCUGCAGGACAGUGUGCCCAGCGUGCUCAGCCUGAAGACGGUUUCAGGGGGGGCCCUGCUCCUGCUAAACCUGCCGGACCCCAACCACGGGAGGGAUCCGGGGGCUAAGCCCAAUGCAUGGGAGCCUCAGAUGUGACCUGACUCAUGCUGGUGGCAUCUUCAGCAUGGGAAUGUUGGCAUUCCUAAAGAGCUGGAUUGAGUCCACCAUGCGUCAAACCUGCUCCAACUCAGGACCCCAGGAAAGGAAGACCCUUGACUCCAUUUGGUUGAAGUGAUAAGGUCUUUUACUACCAUUUUUUCCCUACAUUUUCCAUCCACAGUCAUGCAAUCAGAGAAUCUGGGAAGUACGACGGUAGGAAAAACAAUCAUUUUUCGCAAGAAUCUCAUUUAGAUGUUAAUGAGCAUUCUAUUAUUGUAUUUAUUUACAGAAAGCUUUUGUAAAAAAAUAAAAAAUAAAAAUAAAAUUCCGAUGAACUACU